UCCCAUCUCCAUUCACGCCCAAUCAUCCAGCUAAAUGAACCCAGGCGCUCGCUUGCUUCAGUUUCUCUACCUGGAGCGCUCUCCUAAAAGCAUGCGAAGAGCGCCCUUCCUCCGCGCCCUUCGCAUCUCGUUCUCACCCCGCCAUUCCAGCCCCAGAUCGAAUCCCGUACUACUGAGCGAUCUCCACAUCCGGCGUCAUCAAUCCAUUGCAAGUUCACCCAGUCUACAUCCAAGUGAAACGAGUUCAUCGACAGACAUGCCGCGCUUGAAUCCUAUUUCGCAGGCUGCCAUCGACCGGCUACGGGCCUUUACACCCCCGGCAACAAGUUAUGACCUCGUGCCAGUCUCGCGACGGGCAGCGGUCCUCCUCUUGCUUUAUGCCGACGCAAGGGGAGACUUGCGUGUUGUGCUGACCAUUCGCGCCAGCACGUUGAGCUCAUAUGCAGGACAAGCUGCUUUACCUGGCGGAAAAUCCGACUCUGAAUCAGAAACACCCCUCCAGACAGCCCGGCGCGAAGCACACGAAGAAAUCGGUCUUCCGGGGCUAGACUACCCCCUCCCACCGCCAUUCACAGUCGAGCACCUGUGCGAGAUUCCAAGCUCGCUGGCACGCACCGAGCUCGUCGUGCGGCCGUGCGUGGCGCUGCUGCACACCUUCGACGAGGCGAGCGGGCGCGACGCGGAUCCUGAAACAGAGCUUAUCCCGCGCUUGGAUGCCAGAGAGGUAGCAGCGGUGUUUACAGCGCCGUUUAGGGAUUUCUUGUUUCAGCUGGGGACCGGGAGUGAGAGCGGGGAUGGGAAGGGGGAUGAAGAGUGGUAUCAUGGGCUUUGGACGGAAUGGUGGGGGACGCAGUGGCGGAGUGAGUCCUCCCCUAUCUAUUGUACAGUGCACCAAUUCUUCGUCCCCAUCGACCAAUCGAAGGUCAUAAAACCCCGCGCCCACGACCAGUCGCAGUCACAAGCCGUGCACAAGCUCGAGGAGCAAGAAUCCUCCGGCGAAGUCACGCGGUAUCGAGUCUUUGGCAUGACAGCGCGGAUCCUGGUAGAUGCUGCGCGCAUCGCGUAUAACCACGAGCCGGACUUUGAGCAUAACCGCCAUACGGGCGAUGAGGACUUGAUUAAGCGGUUGAGGGGGAGGGGGAGGCUGGGGCCUAAGAUUUGAUUUCGUCUAGGUAUUCAUGAUUUAUGCAAUUAAGUUAACGAGGGGGGAUGGUUUUCGGCAUGGUAUGUUGUAUCUAUAUAGAUCCGGAUAUACGGAAUGGGAUACCCUUAUUUUAUGCACUGCAUAAUAGCACUGUGUCCGGUAGUUCAAAUCAUGCAAACCGAAUUCUAUAACUAGUGAGACUGGGA